AUGUGGAUUCUUCCUCUCGUGGGGUAUCUGGGGGUAAUUGUGGGGUUUGCGUUCCUCACCCUUGCUAUCGUGGAAGAGCAUACAGUUCUGACCCGGAAGCUAUUGAGCCGCCUCAUCUAUACGAUCAUUGCGAUCCAGCUCUUCCUAGUGGUUGUAGAUGGCUUCCCUGUGUUGCUGUCCCUCCUCAGCAUCGUCUCACACCUCGUGUACGCUAGUAACCUCCGCCGUUUCCCCAUCGUGAAGCUAUCCGACCCAUUGUUCCUCCUGUCCUGCGUGUUGGUCCUACUCAACCAUUGGCUAUGGUUUCAGCACUUCUCGAGCCCUCCGGCCCCAUCACAGCGGGCGGAGAACAACUGGCGGCAGCCAUACCAUAUCAACUACGAAGACAUGCCCUCAUUCUCAGAGGUUGCUUCUUACUUUGGCUUAUGCGUAUGGCUGGUGCCGUUUGCGCUUUUUGUGAGUCUGAGUGCCGGCGAGAACGUGCUGCCCAGCAUGGGGUCUGAGUACGCGACUGGAGAACACGCCUCGUCUGGUCUUGGUCACAAUCCUUCAGAUGGUAAAUCGAAGAACAAGGGUAUGGCAAAGGCUUUGGUGGACAAUGUCGGAGAUUGGUUUCGUGAAAAUGGGGAGAUCAUGGGUUUAUGGCGGGGGACAAAACUAGGCGAUUUUAAGGAUAUGGGAAAGAAAUUGAAGGACAAACCCUGCGGAAUGUAA